UGCACGAUUACACGUCCACGCCCGAAGGGAUCCGAAGUGAUCCGAGGUGAGCAGAAGCGAAUGCUUGUAUCAGUAAGUCGUUUUGACGUUGGCACGUUCGUGUAUUUAUUCACUAUGAGCGCUUGGAUGCAGUACUUUAAAUCCAUUCCAACGCACAUGGACUAUGAUGGCCAAGCUAGAGCAGAAAGAUUAGCAAGAGUGAUAAUAACGUUAUUUGGUGUUGUUGGCUUAACCUGGGGAUAUGUAAUUCAACAAUUUUCACAAACAAUCUAUAUUUUGGGUGCUGGAUUUGUUAUGGCAGCAUUAAUUACUGUACCUCCAUGGCCUAUGUAUCGUCGCAAACCAUUGGAUUGGCAAAAACCACAAUCAGAAGUUACUAUGAAACCUAAGAAGAAGAAAUAAUUGUACGACAGCUCUGUGAUAUUCUAAUUGAAAACUAUUAUAGUAAAGCAUUGUGCGAUUUUACUCGUACAAAUUUAAUUCCUAAAAGUGAAAAUCUACACAUACCAUUCAGCAUUUUUCUUGAUACGAUUAUGACACAAAAGUGUGCAAUGUAUGAAUAGACAGGUGUGAACGUGAAAAACUUGACUCUUUUUGUAAGAUAUACUAUCUAUAAUUUAAUAUUUCUUGCAUAAAUACAAGUUGUAAAUAAAGUAAUACAUUUAUAAACUUACAAUAAUUAUGUUUUAACAACCAGCUAGCAGAAUCUCAUAACAUUAAAUUUAAGGGAAGUUUGUUUUUAAUUGUUUUUAGAAAAAUAGGAUUGUUAAAACUACUUUAUUCACAAGUUGAAUAUGCAACAAAAAAUAUUGCAUAUUCUAUUGCUCUUUUUAAACUCAAAUUUAAUUAAUAGAAUGUUGAUGGAAACAUGAAUUUCUCUUCUAAUGUUCCGUAUAUAACAAAUAUGUAUUUUCUUCUAUAAUAACUUAAUAAUAUUAAUAAUAUGAAAAAAAUUUGCAUUUCUGAAGAUUUAAAAAAAAAAUUGUUUCUUAUCAUAACCAUAUGUAGUACAAUAAAGUGUAUAAAAAAGUAUAUGAGAGAAGGUGGUAAUAAAACAAGGUAGAUUUUCUCAAACAA